GGAGGAGCUGCGGAGAGCGGGCAGAGCCGACUGAUGUUCGGGCAGGUCACACACACUCACUGAGGAGAGGAGAACCACAGAGGAGAACCACAGAAGUUCUCUUUUAAAACGACCGUGUGAUAUUUGGAUACUUACCUGUCUCAGGAAGUUGUUUCAAAGAGUAAUAAAAAAGAUGGGGAACCGGGUCGCCCGUGAAGACUACGAAUGGGUGUAUACGGACCAGCCGCAUGCCGACAGGAGAAAAGAGAUCCUGGCCAAAUACCCAGAAAUCAAGUCGUUGAUGGGUCCUGACCCGAGGCUGAAAUGGAUUGUGUGCAUGAUGGUGGCUAUACAGUUUUUAGCUUUCUACCUGGUCAAAGACUUGGACUGGAAAUGGGUUUUGUUCUGGACUUAUGCCUUCGGGAGCUGUAUCAACCACUCAAUGACCCUUGCUAUUCACGAGGUCUCCCACAACACGGCCUUUGGAAACAACAAGGCCAUGUGGAACCGCUACUUUGCCAUGUUUGCCAACCUGCCUAUCGGCCUGCCCUACUCUGCCUCCUUCAAACGCUAUCACCUGGACCAUCACCGCUACCUGGGAGGAGACGGCGUAGAUGUAGACAUCCCCACUGAGUUCGAAGGCUGGUUCUUCUGCACGCGCUUCCGGAAGUUCGUCUGGAUUAUUUUGCAGCCGUUGUUCUAUGCCAUCCGACCCCUGUGCAUCAACCCCAAACCCAUCACUCAGCUGGAGCUGACCAACGUGGCCGUACAGCUCACCUUUGACUUCCUGCUUUACUGGCUGUGGGGGGCCAAGCCCGUGGUCUACAUGCUGGCCGGCUCCAUGUUGGGCAUGGGCUUGCACCCGAUUUCUGGUCACUUCAUAGCUGAGCACUACAUGUUCCUCAAGGGUCACGAGACCUACUCUUACUACGGCUCCCUCAACCUGCUCACCUUCAAUGUGGGCUACCACAACGAGCACCAUGAUUUCCCCAGCAUCCCAGGACGCAGACUGCCCAUGGUGAAGAAAAUAGCAGCAGAGUAUUACGAUGACCUGCCUCAGUACACGUCGUGGGUCAAGGUCCUGUACGACUUCAUCAUGGACGACGCGCUGAGCCCGUACUCUCGGAUCAAGAGGAAGCUGAAGGGAGACGUCAAGCAGGAGUAACUUCAACCGAAAGCUUCUCAGGAACAAAGCAGCAGUGUCCCGACUCACCCAAUAAACCUAACAGCUUCCUGCAUAUUAAUCCGUUCAGAGGUUGUGUACGUGGGUCUGGAAGUGAGCUCCACAAGAGAACACCAUUUGAUGAUUUGGUAACCAGGUCCUUCUGUUAGACUGAAGGUACAAGAGGUUAUGGUUUGUUACCUCGGACUGGUUGCACAAAGACUUCAAUACUUAAAUCACUUCAACAGUUCAACUUGAGAUAGAUGUCUAAUUUGUUGUGUAUUCUGAGCGAAGUCUGGAUGGAUUGUUGUGAUAGUGGGUGCAGACACUCCUGCCCCCCUCAGGAUCAAUUAUGAAUUAUAUUGGUGAUAUAAUUCAUAAUUGACUUUUUCAAGAUGUAAAUUUGAAGGCAGCUCUUUCAUGGCUGUCAGAAAUUGGAGCCCAUGUGCGAGCGCUCUUCACACGUCAGCUCUGUUCCCCCCCCCCCGGGUGGUAAACAUUGAGCCACAUUGUCCUCUGCUUGUCUGCAGCGUAACUCAGUCUUUAUUGGAGUGUUUUAGCUUACAUUAGGGUAGCAAGUUCAAACUAGUUUUAUCUGAAGAUGUCUUUAUGCAACCAGCCCCAGAAACCAUCAGAUAGCUACGACAGCUGAACAUGAGGCCACACAUUGUUGGAGCGCCUCCUCCAGUUUGGAACCUGCCACAGAGAUUAACUGUACACAGCUGAAUGAACGUAGACCAGAUCUCCCUCCAUUGUGGACUCUACAGGUCAACAUGAAAGCAGCCUUGCCAUUGGUGUGUGUGUGUCUGUCAAAGUGGACCAAAGUUGAAAACUGAGUGAAUCCACUCAUAUAGAACCCCCCCAUGCCAUCAUGUGAGUGUGGUCUGGUCUGUUUGAUAUCUCUUGUAUUGAGUUCAUGGGGAGGCUUGUGUUGGUUGCUUUAUGUGUUUUGUACAAGUUAGCCUUUUCUGGCCUAUGAUGACCCCCCCUUUUUUUUCUCUCUCAACCGCUUUGCUUUUUAACGUGCACUUUAUUGUACCACAUUACACAACAAAGUGUAUUCCUGAUCAGUGCCUCUGAGCUUAAUGAAUUUAAAUUGUAUGAAUUUGUUCACUCGCAGCCGGUUGUAGCUACCACUGAGGUCAUGUCCUCUGUGUCUUAUGUUUGAAAUUGGGACAUGAAGCAACCUGGAACAAAAAGAAAUAUGGUUACUACUGAAUUGGUUGAUUCUACUCUAGUAUUUUUAUAUUCAAUAGUUAACUACCUUAAAGCCAAUGAGUACUAUUUCCCAUUUAGAAUGUUAUUCCUGGCAGUGAAGAAGGCUUUGAAAGCCAGGGGCCUCAAACUCAAGUUAGUUGGGGGCCAAGGGCUCUCUCCUAGGGUUUCCAAAUAAAUGUAUUGUUUCCUGUCGUAACCCGGAGAGUAAUCUUGUCUGUCUAUAUCCAUUCUUCUGUUGGAUUCUUGACAUUUAUAUUAUUAUAAAUUUAUAAAGACCACACAGUGGAAAAUAAAAACCCUGCCUCUGUAAAAUGGACUUUACAUUCAUUUGUAUGUUAAAUAAACAGCUAUUCAAUUUCCA